AUGGGAGAAAGCGAGGAUUUCAACUGCGCCGCCGCCCGCCACCACCCACGCCGCCUUUUUCCGCUGGCGCAACUUGCAUCUCAUCGCCAGCUGGUGCCGAAACUGGCGGACCCGCGGAGGGGACGGGAGCUAUUCUUGGGUGCCGCCAUAUCGUUCAUUGUAGGCGUAGCGUCUCUCACCCCGCCCGCCACCUGGUAG